AUGUGGCCCGUCUCGGGGUCCCCAUCAAGGAAGACGGCAGUGACCAGCGCACCUGAGUUUGCCGGUAAUUGCUUUCAUACUUCGCUGCCAAGUCAUUGUUUGACCGCCUCUGGCUCUCUUCCCCCCUUCACGUGGUUGUGCGAAAAGAGCUCUUCGAGGAAGUCGGUCGACUGGCAUACGCAGCACGUGGCCAAGCCAGCGCAACCUGUGCAGUGUGAUCAGUUCAUCUAUCGAGGACCAGGCUGUUCAGCUGUAGCACCCUUUCGGUGCCUAACUGCCAUGACACCCGAAGGAAGCACGAGGGCUGGGAUACUGCCCAAGCCUAGACAGGGGAAGUCGAGUAGAGGAGGUCGGAUUCGAACCGCGGACCUUCCGGUCAAUAAUCGUUCAGCUGUAACAUCCUUUCGGUGCCUAACUGUCAUGCCACCCGAAGGAAGAAUGAUGGCUGGGAUACCGCCAGGUUGCCCAAGGCGAGAGGCAGAGAUCGGGUUCGAACCACGGACCUUGCGGUCAGGAGACUUAACUGAAUGCCUCGUUUAUGAUAUUCCUCAACUGAAAGUGCUGCACAAAGAUCGCUUCAUGUUUCAGUUCAUACGAUAUUCGAGAUAUAGCAAGGAACCUACGCACAAGGUUGCUGAAAACGCUUCGACGGCCCAUGACCAGUUUUGUCCUUCUUGGGGCUCAUCAGGUAAGCGCAGUCCCCGAGUUUCCGUAAAACCUAUGUUCUACAUCAAUCCAUAUUGGACAGAGUUAGACAAGUGCACUCAUUUUCAUAUUAAUUUAUUGCAUUUGUCAAGAUCUACCCAAAUCGGCACCUGGCGCCAGUGCCAACGAAAGGAGGCACGAGGAUUGAGAUCCUGCCAUGUUGACGAAGUCUAG